UUUAUAACAAAAAUUUUCUCCUUUGUCUGGCUUUUUCUCUUUUGUUCUUUCACAUGUGUAUAUACACACAGACAUACACACACUUACAUUUCUAAUAUCAUAUAAUACUUCAACUUUACCUUUUCUCUUCCAAAAAAAAACUAUUUCUCUUCAUCAGAUUGUAUUUGAUCAUUCCAGCUUUUCCUCAUCCUCCUCUAUGGCCGUCUCACCUAAUUCAAGCUUCUUAGAAUUAACAAUAUCAAUCCCAAGCUUCUCUCCUUCUCCUUCACUCCCUUCAUCUAGUGAUCACAUGGUGAGAGAUUUGGACAUAAAUCAAACUCCAAAGAUGGAAAAAGAUCGUGAGUGGAUCAUGAUCAGUGCAACACCGCAUGUCAACGACGACGACGGCAACUCUGGUGGCCGACGGCGCAAAAAGCUCCGUCUAACCAAAGAUCAAUCGCAUAUUCUUGAAGAGAGUUUCAUACAAAACCAUACCUUAACCCAUAAACAAAAACAAGAAUUGGCUACUUUUCUGAAGCUUAGUCAAAGGCAAGUUGAGGUGUGGUUUCAAAAUCGAAGAGCAAGGAGUAAGCUCAAGCAUACGGAGAUGGAAUGUGAGUACCUAAAGAAAUUGUUUGGGUCACUGAAAGAGCAAAAUCGACAGCUACAAAAAGAAGUUGAAGAACUGCGAGCUCUUAAGCCCGUAUCGGCCUCGGUUUUAACCAUGUGCCCUCGGUGUGAACGUGUGACCGUUGCAGCAGAUAAUGGCUCUAAUGCCGUGGAGGAGGGAACAGCUCUGAGAAGCCAGUCACGAAUGACAAUUUCCUCUUCCUCUACCUUAUGUUGACUGGCUCGGUCAAAAGUCAAAGAUUGAAACGCCUGUUUAGGUGUAAAAAGUAAAGAUUUGAUGAUGAUUAGGAGGAUCUUGUUCAUAAUUCUCUAAUUAUUUAUUACACCAGUGAGCAAAGAAGAAGUUUAUUUAAUAUUAGUUUUAUAGCUUUUCAUGUUUUUUUGUGUGAAACUUUUUGUGUU